AGCACUUCUGAGGUCACAGUUUAACUUCCGUGUCACACAGCUAACAUGGCGGAUAAAGAAAAGAAGAAGAAGGAGAGCAUCUUCGACUUGUCAAAAUACAUCGACAAGCCAAUUCGCGUUAAGUUUCAAGGUGGAAGAGAAGCCAGCGGCGUCCUGAAGGGUUUCGAUCCUCUGCUGAACCUGGUGUUGGACGGGACAAUCGAGUACAUGCGGGAUCCAGAUGACCAGUUGAAGCUGACAGAAGAUACCAGGCAGCUGGGGCUGGUGGUCUGCAGAGGAACCUCCGUAGUGCUAAUCUGUCCUCAGGACGGCAUGGAGGCUAUACCAAACCCGUUCAUACAACAACAGGACGGCUAACACGCAGUCUGUCCCUCGCUAAGUUAGAAUCCCACACACAAACACAAAUACAACCAUGCACACACUUCAAUAUUUUGUGUAGUUUUUGUUUUUUUUUGUUGUAAAUUUUUUAAAAAACAUAACGGUAAUAAUGCGUCCAACAAAGCAAAUUUCAGUUAAAAAUCAUAAGUUGAUCAGCAAAAAGGACACUUGAAAGCACUUCACUUUUGUUUCUGUCUGUGAUGUGCAAGUUUGCAAAGAUUUGAGUUGUAAAGCGCCCACACGUUUGGGAAGUGUUAACAAAACCAUUUUCUUUUUAUUCACAGUAAGAAACUUUUUACUAUUCUUUGUUUUUGAUAAGAAAAU